AUGCCGAUCAGCGAUCUUCUCAACUCCAUCAGUGGCACCACGCCAUCUGUCACUAAGCGCAAAGCCGAAGACGACCCGAAACCCGCAUCCAAGAUAGCACGAAAGUCGCCUCCGCAGCCGUCUUCGAAGCCCGCCCAACCACGUCCGCAAUCAACCAAUUCCCCGAAGACCAUCUCGCGCCCUUCUAAUGGAUCUGGUUUGGCGCCGAGACCAGGGCCGACUACUUCGCAAAGAACCUCCGCCAAGCCACCCGUGUCGGUCAAGCCUUCAUCAUCCCUCGCACCCACGGCUGAUGCUUCGAAGGUCCCACCCAAGAAGGGAUCAUACGCCGAGGUGUUGGCUCGAGCCAAAAAGGCCCAAGAGGUUAUGGGGCAGGUUGGAAAGAUUCAGCACAAAAAGGCGGACAAGAUAGAAAAAGCGGACAGGAGGAAGGCGCCCGUGGGCAAGGCGUUCGCUGGAAACGUUCCUGCUGGCAAGGCUCCGACUCGCACCCCAGAUCAGAAGGCAGGCGCAUCAUCAACGGGGUACCAGGGAACCGCGAGACCUUUGCAGGACCGGGCAGCGGCCCCUGGCGCUCGCGGAAGACUGCCCGCUAAAACAGGUGCCCCGAGACCAUCUACUGCCAAAGAGGAGUCCGAAGUGCCGGUCAAGAAAGUCAAAAAAGCGGCCACAGCCACCCUCGGCUACACGGGCACGGCCCGCCCCUCAUCCUCCAACCCCAGGAAGACGCAGAAGGACCAGCCUCGCGGAGGAGCCCUGCUCAACAGGAAGCCCAGCCGGCCCAGCGGCUCCGGGCGCUCCCACUACGACGAAUACGAUGAGGAGCUCGACGAUUUUAUCGAAUACGACGAGGAUGAAGAGGAAGAUGUCGGGCCUCGGUACGAUUACGCGUCAGACGGCUCCUCUGACAUGGAGGCCGGUAUUGACGAACUUACUGGUGAGGAGCGUCUUGCUGAGAUAAUCGCCCGCCGCGAAGACAUUGAGGAAGAGCGCCGUGAUAGGAUCCGCAAGGCUGAAAAGGCUGAACGUUUGAGGAAGGCUAUGGGCGGAGGUCGCUCCUAA